AUGACUAAGUCCAAUGAGCUAUUACCAUUCGAUUCUCGUCAAAUAAUAUGUGAGCUAAAAGAGUAUGCUAUUCAAUUGAAAUUAUUAUUUUUACGAUUAAAUGGUUGUCUGUUCGUUUGGUUAGGUAAUGAAGAGAGCAAACUGUCCGGUUUAUCCGUAUGUCUACCCUCACAACUGUCAACAUCUGAUCAACAUAGUGCUACAAUCUACUCGGUAACCGGUGCUUCACGAAAUCCAUUUAGUGAAUAUGAAGAAAAUUUAUCGUGUAAAAUUUCCAAACGUUUUCAUUGUCCUGUAUUUGUUAGUAUUAGUUUACCGCAUGAAUUUGCUCCCUUAUGGAAUAAUGUCAAUGUAAUCACACAAAGUACACUUGGUCAAAAAGCAGAACAUUGUAUAUUUGAAAAUCUUUCCACUGUUGUACUUUCAUGA